UUUUAUCGUCCAUUAUUUUUGAAAAAUCACUUUAAGGGAGAAUCGCGUAUUUGCUGUACAUUUCAAUUUUGAAAAACUUGUAGAACAAAGGGAAGGCGGCGAUCGGGCAGGCAGAGAGCAAAAAGAAUCGAAAAUGAAAUCAUCGGAGGUUAACAAUGGAGAAUCUGAAAUGAAGAGAGAACACAAGAAACCCCUUUUCAGACCAGCUAAAGAUGACACCAAACCACUCCUCCAAGAUCCAAUUUUGAGGUCGGACCCGAUUGUGACGGAGGAAGCUGUGCUCCGGUUACCUCCUUUACCAGAUUGCAUCAAAGUCAAAUCCCAACCACCACUGAAUUUGUAGACAUACGUAUGCCUUUAUCUACUCUAUAUUAGCCUGCAAAUUGUUUACCCUCCGAAGAUUUUGCGGUUGCCCUAAUUUGUACUGCUCAUUAGUUUUAAUUUGCUAUCACGGAACGGAUUUGGUGCCGUUUAUGAUGUUUCUUCUGAAAUGUAUGGUUUUCACAUUUGGAGAAGUGAAAAUUUCUGGCAUCGGGUUUUGGCCUGGCCACAAAUAAAUAAUAUUUGAAAAUUAAAUUUUAACUA